GUUGAUCGAUACGUAAUGUCUGGGGACGUGCGUGCGCUACAAUUACGUCGUGACGUCCAUCCGGCUUCCUUUCCUCUGCUACCGGCGAGAAUGAAGACCAUUCUCAGCAGCCAGACUGUGGACCUCCCUGACAAUGUCGAGGUGAGGCUAAAGGGGCGCACUGUGAUUGUGAAGGGGCCCCGUGGCAAGCUCACCAGGGAGUUCAACCACAUCAAUCUGGAUCUCAGCCUACUCGGCAAAAAACAGAAGAAGCUUCGUGUGGAUAAAUGGUGGGGAAACAGGAAGGAGCUGGCCACAGUCCGUACUAUCUGCAGCCAUGUUCAGAACAUGAUCAAAGGCGUCACUUUGGGUUUCCGGUAUAAAAUGCGUUCUGUGUACGCCCAUUUCCCCAUCAACGUGGUCAUUCAGGAAAAUGGACAGCUGGUGGAGAUCAGGAACUUCCUGGGAGAGAAGUACAUCCGCCGGGUCAGAAUGAGGGCUGGUGUGAUGUGUGCAGUGUCUGCUGCCCAGAAGGAUGAACUCGUCCUGGAGGGUAAUGACAUUGAGUUGGUUUCAAACUCUGCUGCCCUGAUCCAACAGGCUACCACAGUCAAAAAUAAGGAUAUCAGAAAGUUCUUGGACGGCAUUUACGUUUCCGAGAAAGGAACAGUAGUGGAACCAGAACAGUAAAAGUUACAUCUGCACUUGUAGAGCGGCUUUGAUCCAGCAGGCCACCACAGUGAGGAAGAAGGACAUCAGGAAGUUCUUGGACGGCAUCUAUGUGAGCGAAAGGACCACUGUGGUGGAGUCAGCCAGUGAAUAAAUGUUCAGAUUCUGCUAUGACCAAUAAAAUAACCUUUUUCCAGCUCGA